CCCGUGGGAAUGUAUCAAAAUAAAUCCCUUGAUCUUAGCAGAGUCAUUCCAGUUGCAGUGGAGGUGUUGUACAUUUUUUUAACAAUCAUAGCGUAAUGUUCUGACUCCAUAUACUUGAGUCUAAAGAUUGUAUUUAAGUCCAGCCUAAUGUAGCUUAACACAUUACUGGAGAGUCCUAAAUUCUUUUUUUGUAGAGAACUUCAGUUUCCAUGUGUUAAAACACUUGAAUCCAGACACGAUCAUUGGGUGUUUAUCCGAGGUUUUGUGGUUUAAUCUCAGUCUUGGUGAAAAUUUAUCAGCUGCUGAGCUUGCAAAAAUUAUUUGUGAAGGGAUGAAACCAAAUGUGAACAUUUCUGUCUUCAGGAUGCUUUUAUGAGAGUCUUGUGCUUCUCAAAAGCAAAACUUCUAAAGAGUGUAGCAGUGUCAUAACUUAGUCAGGAACUUUGUGUGCUGAGUAGGGAUAGCCAGGAGCAUCCCAGGGACUGGUUUUGCCUUUGCACAGGUUCUGGCUGCAGGUAAGAUGGUAAACACAAGGCUGUGUCUCCUUCAGACUGCUCAGGUUUGUAUUUACAAUGUGCUUGGUAGGAGCUUUUGGCCGCUCUGCGCUCUUGAGGCUCAGCUUUUGACUCAGGGAGGGCAGCAGGGUUGGAUGGUCUCGUAAAACCACCUGAUGAUUAUGGAGCACAGGAAAAGCCAGCACAUAUUUUAUCUUAGUUCAGUAUUUAAAAUCAUCUUAUGCUCAGAGCACGCUGGGUUUUGAUGUGCAAGGUGUAUGUGCACAGGGUCCUGUUAAAAUGCUGCAGCUUCCCUGCCUUGGGAACAUCAGAAAUGGAAUUCUCAUGGUACAGAUGUCUAUUUCAAUGCAGAUAAAUUUGCCUUCUUUUUAUUUCCCACUUCUGUGUUUGUUGGGCAGCGGAUAUCAACAAGAACAGGAACGCACGGAUCGGAAUUCCUCUGUGGCUUGUGGUUGCAGUGAUUGUUGCUCUUCUACUGUUAGCAGUGCUUGCAUGUAGCAGCAGUUGUGUGGAGACAGGAAGAUUCAGCAGUUCAGAAUUUAAAGGUACUCUUCUACUCAUCAAGAUGGAAAGCUCAGAUUCUAGUGAUAAAGGAAGUAUUGAUCAAUCAGAAGCCCAACGUCAGAGCCAGCUGGAUCGGUUAGAUCGAGAAGAAGCUUUCUAUCAGUUUGUGAACAACCUGAGUGAAGAGGACUACAGGCUUAUGAGAGAUAACAAUUUGCUAGGAACACCAGGUGAAAUUACUGAAGAAGAGUUGCUGAGAAGGCUACACCAAGUUAAAGAAGGUCCGCCACAGCAAAACAGUGAUGAGAAUAGAGGUGCAGAGUCCGCAGAAGAUGUUUCAAAUGGAGAUUCUAUAAUAGACUGGCUUAAUUCAGUCCGACAGACUGGAAAUACAACACGAAGUGGGCAGCGAGGAAACCAGUCCUGGAGAGCAGUGAGCCGGACUAACCCAAAUAGCGGCGACUUCAGAUUCAGUUUGGAAAUAAAUGUCAACCGUAAUAAUGGGAACACGAAUCCAGAAACUGAGAACGAGCCAUCUGUAGAGCCUUCCAGUGGGGAGGAUUUGGAAAACAGCCAAAGUGACUCUGAAAUUCCAAGGUCUGAAUCACCAUCUGUAAGGCAGCCUGGAUCGGAAAGGAGCAGUGCGGAGGAGCUGACAGCUGAGGAGGCUUCCCCUCCUAGAGGGCAGAGGAGAGCCAGGAGUAGGAGUCCAGAACAGCGGCGGACGCGGGCUAGGACUGAUAGAAGUAGGUCACCUAUUAAUGCAGUGAGUGAGGCCCCUCGCAGGUCUCAUCACAACACAUCAUCUCAAACACUUGACCACUCCUCAGCGAGCGAGGCUGAGGGCAGCUCUAGAACCAGGCAGCACGUGACGUUAAGGCAGCACGCAGUGGGGACUGAGGUGCCAAGUGAAAAUGCAGUUCUGUUUUCCCCCCCCGAAACGAGGCCUGCUCCUCAAGCAGCAGGUUCUUCAGAAACCACGGGCACCAGUGAGUCCGCGGCUCCUGGGCAGAGGCCUCCCACCAUAGUGCUUGACCUGCAGGUGAGAAGAGUUCGCCCGGGCGAGUACCGGCAGAGGGACAGCAUAGCCAACAGGACCCGCUCCCGGUCCCAGACCCCCAACAACACGGUCACCUACGAGAGCGAGCGCGGAGGCUUCCGGCGCACCUUCUCCCGCUCGGAGCGGGCCGGGGUGAGAACUUACGUCAGCACCAUUAGGAUUCCCAUCCGCAGGAUCUUAAACACGGGCCUGAGCGAGACCACGUCGGUCGCCAUCCAGACCAUGCUGAGGCAGAUCAUGACAGGCUUCGGGGAGCUCAGCUACUUCAUGUACAGCGAUAGCGAUGCAGAUUCCAGUGGGUCGACUCCCAGUCACAACGUGGAGACUUCUGAGCCGCAGAGCGGGGGCGGAGGCGCCUCGGGCAGUGAGAAUGCAGAUGUUAGCUCAGGGGAGGUGUACGAGGGCGGGCACGAGGCUGGCUCAACAUCUGGUGCCAGGCGGGAAGGCCGGAAUAUGAGGGGAUCGGUCACUUUUGAAGAAAGCGGUUCUCUACCGUUCCUUAGCCUUGCACAAUUUUUCCUACUCAACGAAGACGACGAUGACCAACCGAGAGGACUCACCAAAGAACAAAUUGACAACCUAGCCAUGAGGAAUUUUGGUGAGAGCGACGCUCUGAAAACCUGCAGCGUGUGCAUCACAGAGUACACGGAGGGCAACAAGCUCCGCAAGCUGCCGUGCUCGCACGAGUACCACGUGCACUGCAUCGACCGCUGGCUGUCGGAGAACUCCACCUGCCCCAUCUGCCGCAGGGCAGUCCUUGCCUCUGGGAACAGAGAGAGCGUGGUCUAAAGCAGAGCUGAGUCAAUGGCCAGGCAGCUGGUGUGAUAGUGAUGGGCAAAGAAGUCACUUCCUUUAUGGCCACUUUUUGAGUGGUACCUCGGUGUAUAGUAAUGACUCGGAGUGAAUCUUCCCUCAUGAAAGCAUUUUCUCUGGAUUCAAGAUUUGGGAAUUGGAAAAUUUCUUUAAUUAGGUUUUUCGAGUUCUAGUCGGUUUGGGUGUUCAAUUUCACUUGUCCAAAGACAUCUCCCCGUUUCAAAAUAUUUUUUUCUUUGUGAAGUUAUUAAGUUCUUUCUCCUUCCCAGCCCUUGCCAUCCCAGUCCAAUAAACAAUUUGUCCUCAAGAUUGUGCUUCUGAGGAGUUAUUUGAGAAGUUAUCCCAGCUCAGCGUCCGUGAGUCAGAGGAAUUUUUGCAAGAAAUCCAGCUCUCUGAAAAAAUAAUAUUAAUUUAAUUGCACAUUUGAGCAUACUUUUAAUUUUCCUCCUGGGUUAAUAUUGGACAUGUCUGUGUAAAUAACACUAAUGUUAGCCCUUUCCCCAUCACUAUGGCACGCUGUAGGAUGAGCUGUUAGCGUAAUUGGGAUAUUUAUCUUGUUGUGGAAAUAUAAGAAUUGCCUAUGCUUGUUUAAAUAAAGGAAAAAAAAAAUCUGUUUUAAAAUUGUAAAGCUUUUUUGUAGAAGCUCAGUACUUUUCCAAUGCACUGUUGUACUAACGCAUUAAGAAUUAAAAUUGUACCAUGCUUAGAAA